AUGAUAUUGACAAAACCUUUUAAUCUAAUAGUUCGUUUUGUUAAAAAUACAAAUAAAAACUUAUUAUCUCAUUGUUCUUUAUCAACAGACCGUUCUGAAACAAUCUCAGCAGCAUUAAAACAAUUUUAUUUAAAAGUUCAUCCUGAUUUAUUUACUCAAUAUCCAAAAGAAAAAGAUGUUAAUGAGAAAAGUUUACAAUUGGUUAGUGCUUAUCUUUCUGGAUUGCAACGUAAAGAAUAUAUGGCACCCAUCACUGUUACUUUCUUUACAAAAUUAUCGCCAAAUUUACCUCCACCUGCACCAGUGUCAUUCAUUCCUCAUCGUAUUACACUCAAUUCAAAUGAUCUUAUAACUAGUGUGAACCGUAUAUUAACUGCAUUGAACUUACUGACUGUUGAUAGACCAAAAGAACAAAAACAAGUUGGUCAACAUGAAAUUCAAUUUAAAAUAAUUGAAAUUGAAAAAUUCUAUGAUUUUACAAAAAUUCCUAAAAUAUCACUGAAAACAUGGUUAACAAAUAAUUUUGAAGCAGCACGUGUUAUAACUAAACAACAUCAGAAAUUAUUAAAUGAAAUCAGUGAUAAAAUUAAUAGUAUUAAAGAACGUUUUAAACUGAAAUCAAUUGAAUAUAGUGAUGAUUGGUCUGUACCACAAUUUUCUACUUGUUUAAGAACAUUACUUAUGUAUGCUGAUAAAUGGCAUGAAAAACUUUUGACUUUAGAAGCAAAAAUUUUUUUUUGUAUUCUUCUCAAUACGAAAAGUAAACGACUUAUAUUUGGUGAUAAAUCAUGUUUACUUCAAGAUGGUUCACUUGAAUUAAGUGCUAAUGAACCACCUGUUUAUUGGGAUCAUGUUAUUUGUUGUGAAUUACUUCAUUCAGAUAAAUAUAUGGAAAAAAUAGCUUCAUAUGAGAAUAAUCUUAGUCAAUAUUUUCAUGAUAUUAAAAUUCGACAAGAUCCUGAUUCCGAAUAUUUAUGUCGUGCACAUACAUAUUUAUAUCAUCUUAUACAAUUAAGUUCUCAUUUGAAUUUAAAUCGUCAUCAUGAAGCACAUAAAAAAAAAUCAUGGAAAAAUUUUUAUUUAUUUAUUAAUCCAUAUAGUUCAGAACCAUCAUUAACAAAUAGUGGUUUUUUUCAAAUUAGUGCAUUUGAUGCUACUAUGGAUAUAUUAGAUUUUAUGAUUAAUAAUAGAAAACAAGCUGAAGAAACAAGAAAUUUAUAUGAAAAAGAUGUUGAAAAAGGACAUCAUUUACUUGAAAUAAUAAAAAAACAAUUUAAUUUAACUGAUAUAUUAAUAAAUCGACGAAUAAAAAAAAGUGAUAUUAAUCAAUCUUGUCAACGUUUAAUUAAUGAACGUCAACAUUUUUUAAAUAUUUUAACAAAAUGUCGUCUUAAAAUUGAUAAAAAUUAUAAUCUAGCACAAAAUGGUACUAUGUCAAUACCAUGGGAUUGGUCAUUGACGCAAAAUGAAACGCUUUAA